CAGCACAUCAAUUACUCCGGUCGAAUUUUCCAGUCAUAGGCAGCUACCGCUUCCCUUUCGUCCUGCUCUCCACUGAACUACUGCGCUACUUACACUUAUUUAGUGUUUACCUCUUUGUGGACAAAAUGCCUUUAAAGUUUGAGCUGUGUCCCGGUAGAAUGAUCGGAGGUAGUCACCCUUGCUUCAUCAUUGCUGAAAUUGGACAAAACCACCAGGGAAACAUUGAGAUCGCCAAGAAAAUGAUCAAAAUGGCAAAGGACUGUGGCGCUGAUUGUGCCAAAUUCCAGAAGAGUGAAUUAGAGCACAAAUUCAACAAGCGAGCCUUGGAGCGCCCUUACACUUCAAAAAACUCUUGGGGUGAAACUUACGGUGAACACAAGCGCCACCUGGAGUUCAACCACGAGCAGUACAGGGAGCUGCAGAAGUAUGCAGAGGAGGUGGGGAUCUGCUUCACCGCCUCUGGGAUGGACGAGAUGGCAGUGGAGUUCCUCCAUGAGCUCAAUGUGCCCUUUUUUAAAGUAGGCUCUGGAGACACCAACAACUUCCCCUAUCUGGAGAAGACUGCCAAGAAAGGACGACCCAUGGUGGUGUCCAGUGGGAUGCAGAGCAUGGAGACGAUGCGUCGGGUCUACCAAACAGUCAAGGAGCACAACCCUAACUUUGCCAUCCUGCAGUGCACCAGUGCCUACCCUCUGGAGCCUGAAGAUGUCAACCUCAGAGUGCUAUUGGAAUACCAGAAGGAAUUUCCAGAUAUUCCCAUUGGUUAUUCUGGCCACGAGUCUGGGAUCAGUAUUUCAGUUGCGGCCGUAGCCCUUGGGGCAAAGGUCAUCGAGCGCCAUGUUACUUUGGAUAAGACAUGGAAAGGAAGUGACCAUGAAGCCUCACUGGUGCCAAGUGAGCUGGCCGAGCUGGUACGCUCCAUCCGACUGGUGGAGAGGGCACUGGGUACCGGCAUCAAGACUAUGUUACCUUGUGAGAAGGCGUGCCAUGACAAGCUUGGUAAAUCUGUUGUGGCAAAGGUAAAGAUCCCCCAGAGAACUGUCCUGACUCUGGAAAUGUUGAACGUAAAGGUGGCCGAGCCCAUGGGCGUUGCUGCCGAGGACAUCUUCCAGCUGGUUGGAAAGACUGUGACUGAGGACAUGGAGGAGGACGACAGCAUCUUGCCAGAGGUGGUGGAGGGUUACUGCAAGAAGAGGAAGUGCUGAGGAUACACUAAACAAAACCAAAAGAAGAAAUAUAUACACAUCAGGGACAUGGUUGAAUUUCAUCUCUCAAAAUGAACCACAUUUUGCUUUGUCAGUCUUUUUGCUAACACCAACAAUGUCUUCUAAUCACAGUUGCAGUUAAUGAAGGAUCUUGACACAAAAUCUGAGAUUUAUGAUUUGCAGAAAAUAAAGAAAUAUUGACUAAA